AUGUUUAAAUUUGUAGCUUCCGACGGGACUGGAUCCAUCAAGAGGCAACAGGCGCAAAAGGCAUGUGACUCCUGCAGAAAGCGGAAGAAGCGAUGCAACCAUGGUAGUAAUGCAACUCCAACGAAUUCUACGCCUGUGAGGGCAUCUAGCCAAGUCAAUUCUGAUGAACGGGUUUCUCAAGCAGCGAAGCUAUACACUGCAAGUAUCCUCUCUUGUACCACGGAUGCCGGAUGUCAAAGCACAACGUCUCAUGAGGAGCCUGACUAUAUCUCUCCUGUUGCAUCAACUUUAGCUAGUAGUGAUCAAGACCUCGAAGCUGCUAGGAUCUUGAGCGGUGGUACUCGUACUCAAGCAAACACGUCUCACUCCCAAGAACCUACUGGUGUUCAGUCUCGAUUCAUCGGAGAUUUGAACCCAGAAUCAAUUUUUCUGGCUGCUACCAGUCCAGAUGCCAUUCGUGGCGUAUUACCGGACAGCGUUGGAGUAUAUCUCUCUUCAACACUCGGGAAAAAGCCUCAUCAUUUCUCGAAUUUACAACAGACAAGCUCCAACUUAUUCUACGGAUGUCCGCCCUUGGUCCGUAAUGUUCUAGUGCCUCUCAUAGAACAGGAGUGUCUAUCAACAAUGCCACCUAUACCCCAUCUUGAAGCAUUAUCUCGGAUAUACUUUGAGAAAAUUAACACCAUCUUUCCCAUCAUCAAUGAGACCAUGUUCCGCAAUCUAGCCCCUUCAGUCCCUUGUCGAGCUUUGUUGGAACAAGCCAUUUGCUUGGCAGCAUCCAAAAGUUUCGCUGCUGCAGAUCAUCUCAUACUGGACGAAGCAGGCCCCCCAAUGACCUGCAAAGCGUUCGGCGAAAAGGUGUCUGGUGCAAUGAGGUUGACCAUUGAACUAGGCAUCGUGACCGACAAAAUUGUCCUGAUUCAAGCCCUCUGCCUCCUCUCUCUAUUCAUCGAUAACUCUAGCAGUGAGGAUCUUGCAUCUCAAUUCUCUGGAAAAGCUACUCAUUACCUUGAAGGCAUGGGAUUACAUCUCGAAGGUCAGGUGGAGGAUGCAAGUGCAAAGCUUCUAUGUUGCGUAUAUGCGUUAGAUCGCAUGAAUGCCGCAUUCCAUGGCCGCCCUGUCUUGAUGCAUGAACGAGAUAUGAGGAGAGAUCUUUACCAAUGCUUCAAUCAGCAAGAACCUUCCUUCCGUUUAUUUCUAAAGAUCAUAUCAUUACUUGACGAUGUCAUCGAGAUAUAUCGACCUCCGAACCAGUCAGGACAAGGCGGUAUUGAUGUUCAAUUCCCUGCUUUUGAAGAAUUGGUUCUGGAUUGCGCAGCUGCAAAUAUUGGUACUUCCUCACUUGCAACGAUUGAAAUCUUCUAUCACAGCAUCUCUAUCAUCUCUCAUCGAUCCCAUAUUUGGGCCGAACCCAAGCGUUCCACACCUUCUUACCUUCGACAAGCCCUCUCAACCAGUAUUCUCUCAUCCACUACUCCUCACGAGCUACAGGACCAACUUGUUCUAUUUCCUUUCGUACCAUACGCCAUAUCGCUUUCUCUGAGCAUUGCCUAUCGAGAAAUGCGCCACAACAAACUACCUGUUCAUCGGAUGCGCGCUCGAGGUCAAUUUCAAGCUAGUUGUAGGCUUUUGGAAGGCCUUGAAAGUCAGUACUCUACUGCUGCCAAUGCUGCAAAUAUGGGAAAGAAAAUGCUCAGGGAAAUCGAUCGAGUAUUUUCUACCGUCUCUUCGGAGAACAAAACUACGGCACCACCGCAAGAUACAAGCAACACCACCGAGAAUAGUUCAAUGGUCAAUGAUCACAGUACUUCAGUAACAAAUACUGAGAAUCAAUCUAUUGCGUCCACCUCCAACGCUCAGAUUACUCCGUCUAUCGCUCCAAUAUAUACUGGGAUGCAAGACUUCGACCCAUCACUCUUCGACCUUAAUGCUACAGGUGAUAUCGAUCUCUUCUCUAUGUUCGACCCUUCCUUUGAUCUUGUCGGCUUCGACGCUUGCCUGGAAGGCAAUCUAAAUCUGGGAUUUCCCACCCCAGCACCUCAUCCCUAA